CUGCUGAAUCAGGGCCAUAGUUUACUCCAUGCCGGUGCUCAGACAAAUCGUGCAAGGUGGUGUUAGGGUGUGAUCAGUGACAUCCUGUUAAUCUGCUCCACAAGCUUAGAAGAACGCCUGGGCCAAGCCAGCUCAUAUCCCCAUCUCGUCACUCAUCACUUGGAGACCAUUCCUGGUCGUGUGAUGUGCACCAAGAGGAGCUUGCACACAUAUAUCAAUCAGCUGGGAUAUGUGAUCGAUCGCCAGUGUUAUUGCCACCAUUGCUCCUGAACUCUGCCGCCCAUUUCGUCGUGCAAUUUCUUCAGCUUCUCCUCUGAAUUCACACCCAAAAUGCGCAGCAGGACGCACCUGAGAGUGACGCUAUGGCUCGCCGUCUGCUUGCUGCGGCUGCAUGCGUUCCCGUUCCCCCUCCCGUUCUCCGGCCCCUACACGAGCCAGCAAGACGUUGAUGCGAUCAACGGCCUGUACGCGUCCCUGGGCUCGCCGGAGCUUGACGGCUGGGCUGCGUCAGGAGGAGACCCCUGCAAGGAGGCAUGGCAGGGGGUGCAGUGUGAUGGCCCCAACAUAACCGCAAUAGAGCUCCGAGGUGCAGGCCUGGGAGGGAAGCUGAGUGAAACACUGGGAGACUUCACUGCCAUCACAAGACUAGAUCUGAGCAACAACCAAAUCGGUGGGACGGUGCCGCAGAGCUUCCCGCCUGCAAUUACACAGCUAGACCUUUCUUCAAAUAAUCUCAGCGGUGAACUCCCGGAUUCGAUGGCGAAGCUGAGCUCACUGUCAACAUUGCAUGUACAGAACAAUCAACUAACUGGGACACUUGAUGUGCUAGGGGAUCUUCCCCUGAAAGAUUUGAACGUAGAGAACAAUCUUCUUUCAGGACCAAUACCAAAAAAGCUGCUCUCCAUCCCAAAAUUCCUAAGAAGUGGCAACCAUUUCACCAUACCUCCGAUCCCAGGAUUCUCUCCAACUCCGGCGACUCCGCCGCCGCUUGAACCGUCUCCAUCGCCAGCACCACAAGAGUCUCAAGCCCUUUCUGGUUCACACCCUCCUAUAUAUGUAAUUCCAGCUACUCCACAGGACGACCCACCGAGACACAACCACAAGGUCUCACCGGCGAAAGCUGCCGGAUUCAGUAUCCUCGCUGCCGGUUCACUGAGCAUCGUUGUCGUUGUGAUCGUGUUCGCGGUGUCGAAAUGGCGGCGGGAGGGAUCUCUUCAUGGAGGGUACCUGAGAGGAGCUGAGAUGAGCUUGCCGAACUGGGUGAGGGAGCCUCCUAGAUUAGGUGCAGUUGCCAAACCAGAGAAAAGACUUCAUUCAGCUGCUGAAGAGAAGAUAGAGUGGCCUCCGAGAGAUUAUGUUAAGGCGGCAGGAUCAUCGGUACAGCCGUCUUUCAAGAACAGCAGCAAGGACAGCAUUGUGUCAGACAAGAAUAUCCAGGGGAGUUCAGCAGAACAACCAUUGCAAUUUCCUUUCACAUUCUUCACAGUUGCAUCCUUGCAGCAAUACACCAACAGUUUCAGCGAUCAGUAUCUGGCAAGGGAGACCUGUUUCGGUAAAAUUUAUCAAGCAGAUCACCAAGGAAGUAAGUUUGCAGUGCUGAAGCUUGAAGGUAACACCGCAAAAAUGCCGAUCGCUGAAUUCCUGAAGAUUGUUCAGGGAAUCUCCAGGCUCCGGCACCCCAACGUCGAAAAACUUGUGGGGUGCUGCGUCGAGCACGGCCAGAGGUUGCUCGUCUACAAGCACUUCAGUGACAGCACUCUCAGUGACAUGAUGCAUUUCGACUUGGAGGACCGGGUGUCUGACCCUGCAGAGAUGCUUCCGUGGGAUGCCCGGAUAGCUGUGGCCCUCGAAGCCGCAAAAGCCCUGGAGUAUCUUCAUGAGGGGAGCCAGCUGAAGCAGGUCGUUCACCGGCAUUUCAGGCCUGAACACGUCCUGAUCGACAGCGAGCUGCGGGUGUCAGUCUCCGGAGGCGGUCUUGCCCCAUUUGUGCCGCCAGGCCUGGCUCUUGAGCUGUCGGAUUACUGCGGUGGCACGCUGAGCUACGAGCCGCCGGAGGCCGCCGGCGGCUCCGCGGCGUGGACGGCCAAGGGCGACGUCUAUAGCUUCGGCGUCGUGAUGCUGCAGCUCCUCACCGGGCGCAAGCCCUACGACGGCUCGCGGGAGCGGGGCGAGAGGCACCUGGUGCCGUGGGCGAGCCCGCGGCUGUACGACCUCGCCGCGCUGAGGAGGAUGGCCGACCCGCGCCUCGGCGGCGACGGCCAGCCGCCGGUCAGGUCCCUGUCGCGCUUUGCGGACAUCAUCGGCCGGUGCAUACAGCAAGAGGCGGAGUUCCGGCCAGGGAUGUCGCAGGUGGUGCAGGACCUGCGGCGCGCGCUGGACGACGCGCACGCGCGCGCGGGGUGCAGCGUCGAAGAAGCCUGAGCUUGCAUGGGUGGGACUUGGACGAGGACGAUGCAUCUAGGCUCGAUUCGAUUCAGAUCUGUGCUUGUACAGCUUAGCAGCUGCCACUGUGGCAAUCGUGCUGUAACCUUGUACUGGAUGCAACGUGCGAAAUUGCUGUGUGACGGUCGGUCGUUUUAUCGUGUGAAGGCAACGGUCGAAUUUCUGACCUUUGGAUUAGCUCGGAGAUUCGUACCGACACCUUUCGUUCCCACUCAUCUAAUUUGGCGAUGAAUGUGAAAGCAACUUCGUAGUUACUAUGUCUUUUUCAUCUUCAUUUGAAGAUCUUUAUGUUCACUGAAACUGAAUUUAUAGUGUUUGAAACUGUUGCCACAUCUGCUUUAUUGUUUAUAUGAACUUGUCAU